UAUGAAAGUCAAUUAAAUUAAAUAAACCUGAGGUAAAAUUCUCCUGUUUUUAAAUUAAUUGGUACAUUUUAAGUGUUUUUAUUUAUUGGACCAUUUAUUAAAUUCUAUUAAUUUUAAUUAUGACAGUUUUGGUCUUUCAUAUAUGCAUUUGUUUUCAUUCAGUUCUUUUUAUUUGCAUGCAUGUUGAAUUUUUUUGCUUUCAUUAUGUUUGUGGAAGGACAUAUUGCACUAUUCUUGCAUCACAGCUUUUCUUACAGCYGUGUGUGAAUGGAGAGUGUGCUGAGACAGAGGAAUGUUUAUUUUUACUGUGUAACCUUUGCAUGAAGUAGCUCUGACAGACAGCUGAAUGAAUGUUUGGCAGAAUAUUUUUACUGUGGAAAGCUUGCAGUGAUUUGGAGAAGCUGUAAUCUUCAGAUUUUAAAAUUAAAAAGAAUUAAACAUAUGCAUACUGAAUGCAUACUGAUGUUGAAAGAUUCUUAAAUGAAUGCUUCAAAAUGGCCACUAAAAGGUAAUCAGUGUACAAAAGUUAAACAUAACAAACAAUUUAGACAAAACCUAAUCAUUUAGUUGUAUAAGCACCAGUUUAUAUCACAACGUAUUUAUAUCACAGAAUAAUUAUUAUAUUAUUCCUGCAAUAAUCUGCCUCCUAAUCUUUGRUUAUGGUUACUGUGAGGUUUGAUUUAGUUGUGGUUCUAAUGAGCAGCAUGGCAUUUCUGUUGGAUUCUGUCUCACCCAGUUAUGUUGUUGUUUGUGUAGGUGGUGUUCUUUUUGUUGUCUCCUCAGCCCUGCAUGACUCAGUGCUAUUCAAACUCAACACUAGGUAUAAAACUGAACUGACGUUUUCUGUAAUCCCUCCCCCCCAGUAGAAAAAAGAGAUUCAGUUGGUUAUGGAUGAUUAGUGCCUGCAUUUGUUUAUUUGGUUAAACAGAGGUCAGAAAUGUGAUGAGGUCAUCACCAGCUCAGUGAAAUCUGGGUCCGUAUUCCUGUGGGUCUUCAGCCAAACUGCCAAUCUGUCUGUCCUGCUGCCUGAACAUUUUCAUGUGAAUACACUCCCAAUAUUUCUAAAAACUCUUAUUCAUCAGCAUGCUCCUUUUGUCCACAACAAAUUGUGGAUAUAGACACUGGGUUUCAAACAUGUAAUUGUGGCAUAUGGGCAUCCUGUCGAUCUUUUACACUUAAAAUAUGUCAAAGUUACUUCUUUUGAUAAGAUCUUCAAGACUUAGMAACAGUCAGAUGUUUCAGGGUUUUCUUCCAGAGAUGGUUUAAAAACAGAAGAAUUCAAUGACCCACUUAAACAAAACAUCAAAUUCAAAUGUUUAAUGGAAAUAGAAACUGUAAUAUUACUAAUACCAACAUUAACCAACAAGAAAUCCUGCUGUGUUCCACUGAGUAAAUGUGUUUUAUAGAUGCCACUGUCAAUAUUUAAUAAUUACUAACGCUUUCAUGAUUAUUUUAAAGUGAAACCUGACAUUUUAUAAAAUGUUUUAUUAGAUAUAUUCUGGACUUUUUUAUAAACAAUCAAUCAAAAAUGCAACAAUGAGCUUUAAGUACUUUAGGUUUAAUGCAAAAUGGAAGUUGACAUUUACCACAGAAGGAAAUGGAAAUGUGUAUUAGGUUUAACAUUAAAUAUACUAUUAGUGCAACAGUUUUACAUARUGCAUUUAGAUUAUCUGCAAUUGUGAGGAAAACCAGCAGAAAUUGCCAGAUAAGCUGAGAGCAACUAGUUUAUGACCAAAUGAACCAAAUUAAUUUUCAAUCAAAUGAACAAGGCUGAAUUUUGACAUAAAUGACACAAAGGAAAGCAAUAUUUCAUAUUAUUUCUUAUUCAUUUAAUUUAGAAAUGCUACUAAAUUUUCAAAUGAAGCAUUUGGUUGAACCACACCCUCUGACAGGCAUUAAAAUGAUUUGUGUAGUUUUACUGGUGAUGAAAGCAACWCAUUUCAGAUUUUAUUUUCGAAGUCGACACUAAAUUAUAGAUUUAUUUAUCGUGUCAACUUUUCAGUGUUUUAGUUGCAUCUCUCAUGUUGUGCRUUUAAUUUUAGCAUCAACAGCAACAAGAGUUAUUACAUCAGCUGUGAUUAAUUUAGGGAUUAUUGUUGGACCACUAAAUCCAUGAAAUAUUAAUCAUUGCUGGAACUUCCUGGUUCUCCGCCAUGCAGCUCUGCUGGCUUGUCUCGUGCUGUGGGGCAAAGAUACACGCUGUUCUUUUUUCCAAGCUUAGAGAAUGAUUUUUUUUGGGGGGGUGGGGUCGGUUGUUUGUUUGAAUGAGAUGUAGGCUAUACUGUAAAGCCCAGCUGAUGAGCACACUCCCAGUCUGGCCUCUUCCUUUCUCUGGAUGAAUCCUAAAGGAGCUUAAACUCUAAUAUCCUGAUGGGAAAAGGGUUUGAUUUAAGCCUGCAGAAAGCACUGAAGCACCACCAGGAUGCUAAAAAAUAUCAGUUGCAUCUCCGAAUAAAAGAGUUGCUUUUGAUGCUGACUGGUUGAGUGCGAAUAUGAACGCACUCAGCUUUUCUUGGGAUGGUUUUUGUCUUCUUGAAGAAGGAUUUUUAGAAGCAGAACCGUGAAGAAGAGUCAGAUUUUGGAUCUGGAACGUUGUUCUCGUAGUUUUAGAAAAAUGAUUCCAACAAAGAUGUUAGUGUACAGGGGCCCUGAUGGAGGCACACAUACUGAUACGCUUCUAAAUACAMCAAAUACAACAAGACGCAAGAAGUCGACUGGAGAGCUUUUUCAGAAUGGCUACAGGGUCAGGAUGGGCCACGGGCAGGUCCACGACAAAGAGGACCAGGACAGCUUCUGUUUCAGCCUCGGUGGAUGCUUUCACCUAAUCUCCUACUGGGGUAAGACCUGCAGGAAAAAAAAUAAGGGGAAUCUCUCUAAUGCUUUAGAUUGGCAUGUCCAGAAUGAUCUGGACACUUUGUGUCAGCGGGAGCAGGUUCAGGAUCUGGCAGCUGGAGUUUGAGCUCCUGAUGUGGCGAAAGUUGAACAGAUGUUCUGAGAAGGCAGACUGCAGCGUACUUCAUUUUCUAAAAAUAAAUAAAUUAAAAAUGCUUAUUUACACUUUGAAUUAUUUUUAGCUGAAUAAUGUGCUGUAACAUUUUUGAUUUGUGUGCMCUGGCUUUCACACAGAUUUGAUUCAGUGGGGAAAUUCAUCAAACCAAUUAAUGCAGAUGGAUUUUACUAGAUCAUAAUUCUCCCUACACCCUGAAAUCUGCAGCGYUUGCAGCUUGUUUCAUUCUCAGUUUGUUUUAAUUGCUUUGCUAUUUAAGGUGGGUUGGUGUUCAUUUUAGCAGGUUAACUGUGGCGCGCUCAAAUUAAUCAGUUUAGGUUUUGAGAUUUUUAAGACAGAAAUAACACUAAUCAUUGUAUGAAGAAGGUCAUGAUAUCACAUUGCUUUGAUGGGAUGCAGAAGCUGUUGGUUACGUCAUCCUUAAACUGUUGGCAACAGACACUGGCUUCAUUUUUUUCCCUUCUAUAAAUACCCCUAAAUUUGAGAUUUGACGUCACAUCUGUUUACUCAUUCAGUUUAGCUUUGGCACGUCCACCUGUUAUUCCUCCAGGUUUUCAUCUCUCUCUCAUUCUGAGUUUUGUAUCAGGUAGAUGUAGGCGUGUUGUGAGACUCGCAGGCAAAAAAAGCUGUGCUUUGAGCUGAUGAGGAAACAACUGAGAUGCAGAGCCUCUUUUUAUAUUUUUUACCAUUCUGAAAGGGUUCUUUUUGUGCAGUAAGUCUUUGUGUUGCUCGAUCAGUCUGGAGUAAAAAAGUUUUUUAUUGUUAUGAACGCUUUGAAGCUAGUAAAUAUGGACGAAAGCCUGAAAGGUUUGAGGUUUUUAAGGGCCUUAAGGUUGAUUCAGUUCUCAGAAAUUUUACAGUUUUUGAAUAUACUAAAGACGAGCAACUCAAUUAAGCUGGUCAACUUGUGUUCAAUCUUCAUAAGCACAUGGCUAACAGCUGCUGGGUUCAUCCACUUGGUGGAAAACUCAGGGGAUCCUUGGGAAAACUUCCAAAAUUCCCAAGCACUUUCCUACUGGGAAUGUGUCUACCUGUUAAUGGUUACCAUGUCCACUGUCGGCUAUGGAGACGUUUAUGCAAAAACCACCCUCGGUCGCUUGUUUAUGGUCUUCUUUAUCCUUGGUGGUUUGGCCAUGUUUGCAAGCUACGUCCCUGAAAUCAUAGAGUUAAUAGGAAACCGCAAGAAAUAUGGUGGUUCCUAUAGUGCGGUUAAUGGGAGAAAGCACAUUGUGGUCUGUGGUCAUAUAACACUCGAGAGUGUGUCAAACUUCCUAAAAGACUUCCUACACAAGGACAGGGACGAUGUCAAUGUAGAAAUUGUUUUUCUCCAUAAUAUUUCCCCUAAUCUUGAGCUGGAAGCCUUGUUCAAGCGCCAUUUCACCCAGGUAGAGUUUUACCAAGGAUCUGUCCUAAACCCACAUGACCUGGCCAGAGUCAAGAUUGAAUCAGCUGAUGCCUGCCUGAUUUUGGCGAACAAAUACUGUGCUGACCCCGAUGCUGAGGAUGCAUCCAACAUUAUGAGAGUAAUAUCCAUAAAGAACUAUCAUCCAAAGAUCAGAAUAAUCACCCAGAUGUUGCAGUAUCACAAUAAGGCCCACCUUUUGAACAUCCCAAGCUGGAACUGGAAGGAGGGAGAUGAUGCUAUUUGCCUUGCAGAGCUGAAGCUCGGCUUCAUUGCUCAGAGCUGCCUGGCACAGGGCCUCUCCACCAUGCUGGCCAACCUUUUCUCCAUGAGGUCCUUCAUCAAGAUUGAAGAGGACACAUGGCAGAAGUAUUACCUUGAAGGAGUAGCUAAUGAGAUGUACACAGAGUACCUUUCAAGUGCCUUUGUGGGUUUGUCCUUCCCAGUAAUUUGCGAACUCUGUUACGUGAAGCUCAAGUUGCUCUUGAUAGCYAUAGAGUACAAGUCUGAUCAGAGAGAAAGCAGCACCCUGAUCAACCCAGGGAAUCAUGUGAAAAUGCAGGAGGGGACAUUGGGGUUCUUCAUUGCAAGUGAUGCCAAAGAAGUGAAGAGAGCGCUGUUUUACUGCAAGGCCUGUCACGAUGAUAUAACCGAUCCCAAAAGAAUAAAGAAAUGCGGAUGCAAGAAAUCCAAGAAGCCCAACUACAAGAAAAUGCGACUGGCAUGUUGUUUUGAUAGCGGCCACUCAAAACGAGGCUGCUCUUGCAUGCCGGUUAAUGUGCGUUGUAACUCAGACUCCCCUCGACGGAACAUCCCACUCUCUGCUGUCUCUGUUAAUGAUUGCUCAGCCACUUUACGUGCCUCUAAAAAUAGCUAUAAUGGAUAUAUCAAAUCAAUUGAAGAGGACCAACAGUCAACGCUCUCCCCCAAAAAGAAGCAACGUAAUGGAGGCAUGAGAAACUCUCCAAACUCCUCGCCCAAGAUAAUGAGACAUGACCCACUCCUCAUCCCAGGCAGCGAGCAGAUUGAGAGCAUGGACGAAAACGUAAAGAAAUAUGACUCAACGGGGAUGUUUCACUGGUGCCCAUCCAAAGACAUCGAGAAGGUCAUUCUGACCCGAAGUGAAGCGGCCAUGACUGUUCUAAGUGGACAUGUGGUUGUGUGCAUAUUUGGAGACGUAAAAUCUGCGCUGAUUGGUCUUCGUAACUUUGUAAUGCCUCUGAGAGCGAGCAACUUUCACUACCAUGAGCUGAAACACAUUGUGUUUGUUGGUUCCCUGGAGUAUCUAAAGCGAGAGUGGGAAACGCUACACAAUUUCCCCAAAGUAUCCAUUCUGCCAGGUACACCGCUGAGCAGGGCAGAUCUGAGGGCUGUCAACAUAAACCUCUGUGACAUGUGUGUCAUCUUGUCAGCCAAUCAGAACAAUAUUGACGAUGCAUCACUGCAGGACAAAGAAUGCAUCUUGGCGUCGCUCAACAUCAAAUCCAUGCAGUUUGAUGACAGCAUUGGGGUCUUACAGGCCAAUUCUCAAGGCUUUACUCCACCAGGAAUGGAUAGAUCUUCUCCUGAAAACAGCCCAGUCCAUGGAUUAGUAAGGCAGACCUCUGUCACUACUGGAGCAAACAUCCCCAUCAUAACAGAACUAGCACCAUUAGCAAAGCAAGGCAAAAAAGUGCCUGUGAUUUCAUUCAGUCAGGAUAAAAGCAGUGGGACCAGCAUACAAAUGAUAACUGAGCUGGUUAAUGACUCCAAUGUUCAAUUCCUGGACCAAGACGAUGACGACGACCCAGAUACGGAGUUAUACCUCACUCAGCCUUUUGCCUGUGGAACAGCAUUCGCAGUCAGCGUGCUGGACUCCUUAAUGAGUGCUACAUACUUCAAUGAUAAUAUCCUCACCUUGAUCCGGACGUUGGUAACAGGCGGGGCGACGCCGGAGCUCGAGGGGCUGCUGGCUGAGGAGAAUGCAUUACGUGGAGGCUACAGCACGCCACAGACCCUGGCGAACAGGGACAGGUGUCGCGUGGCACAGCUGGCCUUGUACGACGGGCCCUUUGCUGACCUCGGGGAUGGUGGUUGUUAUGGUGACCUGUUUUGUAAAGCCCUGAAAACGUACAACAUGUUGUGUUUUGGCAUCUAUCGAUUGCGAGAUGCUCAUCUGAACACACAAAGCCAGUGUACCAAACGGUAUGUCAUAACCAACCCACCAUAUGCAUUUGAGCUGGUGCCGUCAGACCUGAUAUUCUGCCUGAUGCAGUUUGACCACAACGCUGGCCAGUCUUGGACCAGUCUUUCGCACUCAUCUCACUCUUCACAUUCGUCAAGCAAAAAGAGCUCCUCUGUCCACUCAAUCACAACUGCAAACCGAACGAAUCGCACCAAAAGCAGGGACUCACGAGACAAACAAAAUGCAACAAGGAUCAAUAGAGUGGGGCAAGAAAAGACAUGGUUUAUAGAUGAGCCAGAGAAAACCCACCUGAGGACCCUGCAGAUCAAUCCUGUGAAUACCCUUGCCGUCAAACAAAUCAGUCAGAAUAAACCCACAAGCAGCUUGAUUCAGCCCAUCAGAGAAGCAGAGGACGAGUGCUGACAGCUUGAUGCCUGGACUCCCAGAGAGGACUUGUUGUGUUGAGCUGUCAGACUGGAAUUCGGGACAUCUCAUCUGCAAACAGAAAUCAUCACUUCACAUUAGACGAGACGAGAACUGCUUCUUUUCCUUCUUCUUUCACCGCAGCAGCAACUUCAUUUGAGCUAAUUUUGAACAUGCUGACAAUCACAGUCAACUGUUAGUUUGCACAAUGACCUUGUAAAAUCGACCAGAUGCUCUAGUUUUAGUUUUUGAUGCGAGAAUGAGGGUCACUUGAAGAGUAAUGUUAAAAAAAAAGACUACCAGAGGUUAUUAUCACCAUUACCAGACAUCUUAUUCUGUUAAAGUCGCCUUUUUAGUUGUUUAUGAACAACCACUGCAGUAAAGUCACUCAGUAUUGUUGAAUUAAUCUGUACAGUUUUUGUUUUACAUCCACCCCCACCCCACCAGAAUGGCUUAGUUGGUGACUGACUUUCUUUGCCAUUUUGAGCUAAUUCACAACAUUUGUGACAGUUACGACGGCCAGCGGCCAUAUUUAAAUGGCAUUUGGCCCCAGCCUUAUCUCUAUCCAUAUACACUUGUCUUAGCUUUGCCUUCUAAAGUUUCUAAACGCUUCUUUUUGUUUCAGUCACCAAACUCCCAAAAAUGUCUCCAAAGAUGAAGAUUGUUUUGCCAUUUAUGAUAGAGCUGUUUUGUUGGCGAUCUCUCACACCCAUCAUUACAAUGUAAGAGCUUUACAGAAAAUUCUAUAGCCAGCUUCUACAAAGCGUGGCACAGUACUUUAAAGUCUUUAGGCAAGUUGAACGUUAAAGCCACAUAUCGCAUGAAGUGGGCAUCUAUAAGUCCUCCCUUGGCUGUAAGCACUGCCUGACACAGGAUUGUCUUGGAGGACAUGAGGCAACUUGAUCGUACUCCAUGACCAAUCUUAACGCCAUAGUCGCUACAUUUUGUGGAUACUUGACAAACAGCUCUAUCAUAGAACCAAUUUUCAUGUGUUCAGACAGCACCUUCAUGAAUGAUCUCUUUUUAUUUUGUAUAUUCAUAAAACUAAAGCAGUAUGUUUUGAACUGGAUACACAGAACGCAGAGUGUCAUUGGAAUGAAUUAUGUCUUAUAUAAAUAAUGAAUUAUAGCUAUAUUGGCACUGUUGUCACUUUACUUCAGGAUCUGUGAGUGGGACGGAAAUACGAAAGACAACAUUAGUCCGUGACAUUCUAAAUCCACAGAUGAUGCAUCACAGCCUAGUCUAGGAUUUGUGUUCCAUGUUUUUUUAAACCUGUUGUGACAUUUUUGCUGGCACAGAGAACAUCCAAGCUGUCCAUCCUUCAGUGCCAGUAAUGUGCCAGGCAGUGCUGAAGCCAACGGAGGACUCGAGGAAGACCCACUGCUGCGAAAAGGGGCUUCUAGUUUAGCUGUCUAACCACAACUGUGGUAAACAAUUUCCAAAUGUCUUAAAAACUGAUUUUUUUCAUCACAAUUUUAAAAAGCAAUGCAUUUGAUGUAAAUCUGUACAUAUUCAUGUAAAGUAAUUAUUUGUGUGUGUUCUUGUUUGACAGUAACUGUGGUGUUGAGACAUUCAGCAUUGCAGACUAAUUUCUAUCAUUUUGUGCAGGUUUUUUUUAAGCACGACUUAUCAAAACAAUGGCGAUCCUAAGAUAUCUUUCAUUACACAUAAACACAGUUUAUUGUCUUGUGUAAAUAGCCUUGUAUAUAAAAUGUACAUGAUUUCAUUUUGUAUUUUCACAAAUUAAAAGCAGAUGUAUUGUGUUCUAUA